ACGAUGCAGUGAUAAUGCAUCUGUACAUAUAUAUAAAUAUUCAACAUUUUUAUCAGAAAGGAAAAACAUCAACGCACCAUGAAAUCCCGAAUGAAAAACGAAUAGUCGCACAGUUCUCCGGAUGUCAGUCCAGUCGUCAUACAAUUAAUUUAAUCGCAUUUUCAAUAGAAAAUGAAGUGAAUAAAAUAUUUUGCAUCAAAGGGAGCGCCGGUGCAUUUAGAUUAAUUUAAAGAAUUUUAUUUAUUAAAAUCUUCAUUACCAGAAAGGCAUUAUUAAUCAUUUACUCUGUGUCUCAUCGAAGUGCACCUCAGAUAAGAGAAUGAGAAAAUUAUUGCAAAAAAUCCAUAGGCAUAAUCAGGUUGCAUUUUGGGCAUGAACAAUGCACCGAGUACAGCACAUUGUAGGGCCGAUAAUUAUGUGGGAAAUUGUGAAGAGAGGAAAUAUAUGAGAUCUCGUCGGCGCGACGGCAUCGACAAUUUUUCAGAGAAAUAAAUGAAAAAUUUGAGAAGAACUCUGGAACGAAUAGAUUAUUUUUCAUAACACUAUUAAAUCAGAGAUGCAUCCUAUAUUAUUAUACAAAUAGCGGAGAGACCGUAUGAUUAAUUAACGAUGACUGUUUCUAAUUCCUCGUCUUAGCGACGGCUUUGGAACGAAUAAUUCAUUUCAUACGAUCUGAACGUCUGAAAUUAUCGACACAAUGUAGAUAUUGUCUGUGUUCUUAUCACAAUAAAGCAGUAUGUACUGAUUGUCCCCAAAAUUUUCGCUUGAUUAAUUCAUAAUUAUACUAAUUGCGUCUUUCUCCAUGACGACAGUCGCAAUUCUUUUUUUUUCAAUGAAAAUUCGAGGAAUUUAAUCAUCACAAAAAUAUGAAGUCCUUCCUAUUCGAUCCCUGCGAUGUAUUAAAUUGUGACAGAUGCUUUCAACUCUCGGAUUUAAAUUUGCUGAAGAGCAAAGUCUUUCCUGACACUAGGAAGAAUGACACGUUGAAGAUCACCGAGCCGAGAUAUUGCUCCAAAGUUUUGCAUGGAAAUUGGUUCGAGGAUCGUGCAGUAAUUAAAUCAUUACCGGAUAAUUGGGGGAGUUCUUACAAUGAUCUCUUCAGACCGUACAGCAAGGAGAACCUGGAGAUUGCCCUGGAGAACCGUGAGUCAGCGAAGAAGUUGAAAAACCGGAGUAAAGGAGUGGGUCACGACGAACUCCUGGGGCAUCAUGGAGAUGCCUAUCACAACAAUUUUUCCACUGUAUACGAUUUGAGCUAUCGGGUUCUUCCAAAGGGGCUCAAGGGACCGCCUGAGCGCAAUUAUAAUGCGAGGAAAUUGACGUACUUGCCUGAGAACGAUUUGGCGAAUAAUUACGGCAAUCAGUACGGAUAUGGGUACAAAGAGUAUAUUCAACGACGGGAUGCCGAACUCAUUGAGGAAGCUACGGAUAUUCCUCGGAGUCAUUAUCAGUGCGACUUCACCAGGAAGGAAAUACCGAAGAUUAAAAGGUACCCUCUGAAACGCGCGGAUAUGAACAGACCAGAUUUACGUCACUUAGAUAUCGAUUUAGAUACGAAAUGGGGCCGUCAAUUUACCCAGGGGUAUCACAAAUUCCAUGUCCUCCAGCAGAAGAUCAUGGGUCUGUAAAAUUGAGAAACACGUUCUUAA